AUGCUUUCUCACCUUUUACGAAGAAUUCCUUCACGUUUAAACUCAAUAUCAAAACUAAGAUUUUUUUCUUCUGCAGAUGAUACGUUAUGCCCGAAAUCCGAAACCGGGCUCAUAUUAGGAAUAUAUUCGAUGAACGAUGGUAGACACGAAACGUCCAAGUAUACACUAACCGGACAAAAAUUUAAUAAAAAAUCAUGUUUUUUAAUGGAAUCACUUAUAAGAAAAGCGGGGCCUUGUCCUAAAUUGGGAGAAUAUAGGAUAUUGUACGAUAUAGACCCGGUUUUUCCGAUCGUUUGCGUCGUGGGUUUGGGACUAGAAUGCGCGGGCUACGACGAAGACGAACAACUGGAUAAGGGAAAGGAAAAUAUAAGGGUAGCAGCAGGUGUUGCCGCUAAAGUAAUGGUACAGUUUGAAUUGUCUAAAAUAUAUAUCGAAGGUUUAGGACACCCGGAAUCUACUGCGGAAGGAGCGGCUUUAGCCAUUUGGGUAUAUCAAGAUUUUAAAAAUCCCAAAUAUAAAAGGCUGCCCUUGGCCAUAGAAUUGUUUGACGAUAACGAUUGGACGGGUUGGCAAAUAGGUAUGCAAAAAGCGGCCGCACAAAAUUUGGCCAGAUCUCUAAUGGAAGCUCCGGCUAAUAAAAUGACUCCGAUAGUUUUCGCUCAAAAUUCUGUUGAAGUUUUGUGCAAGGCUGGUAUAAACGUCGAAGUUAAAGUACAAAAUUGGUGCGAGUGUUUGGGAAUGGGAGCGUUUUUAGCCGUCGGUAAAGGUUCCUGCGAAAGUCCAUUAUUCAUGGAAAUAUCUUAUUACGGAGCCGGUAAUUUCAAAGAAAGACCGGUUGUUUUAAUCGGUAAAGGAGUGACUUAUGACAGCGGUGGAUUAAUGCUUAAUAAAAUGGAAGAUUUAAUUAACGCAAAAGGUGACAUGUCCGGAGCGGCAUGCGUUGUAGCAGCUUGCCGAGCCGUGGCUGCACUUCAACUUCCGAUAAACAUUCGGGGUUUGAUACCCCUUUGUGAAAACAUGCCCGGUUGCAAUGCCAUGAAACCGGGAGAUAUUGUUCAAGCCAUGAACGGAAGGAGCAUUUACAUUCAAGACACCAGAUGCGAAGGGCGACUCAUAUUAGCGGAUGCAUUAUGCUACGCUCAGAGUUUUUGCCCAAGAUUCAUCGUCGACAUAGGUAGCAUGACUAAAGGUAUAAGGGAAGGUUUCAGCACGGCCGCCGUAGGAGUAUUUACAAAUUCUACGAGACUGUGGAAACAAAUCAGAAUCUCUGGCAUUCACACUGGCGACAGAGUAUGGAGAAUGCCGCUCUUUAGUCAUUACGCGAGUAAAAUAAAAAAAUCAUCUUCAGUAGAUUUUAAAAAUUACGGAAGAAUGCCUCGUUCAGCCGAUCCGUGUAGGGCAGCUGCCUUCUUACACGAAUUCGUACCUUGCGGAGAAUGGUUACACAUUGAUAAUUUUGGAGUAUCGGUAAGCGACGGUAUAACGGAUCCGCCAUAUUUAUCGAGAGGCAUGACCGGAAGACCAACGAGAACUCUCGUUGAAUUUCUUUCACAGCUUUGCUGCAGGCAAGAUGAAGGUUCGGACUAA